UAGAGUUGGAAUUGGCUACUCUUACACAUUAAUAUAUGCUAUAAAUUUCACCAACACAUCGUCCUAUUGUCACAUUCCCUUAUUCUUCCUUUCCUUCUCUUUCGCCUUUACCUCUCUUUUCAGCCUCUACCUCGAGAAAUUUUCUCUCCUCAAAACUAACUUUCUUCCCCAUUCCUAUCUCUCUCUGUUCUCUUCCCAAAAAUUCUUUCAUCACUUUUCUUCUCAAAUCAACCAUUUUCGUCCCUGCAGACUCCAACCCUACUCAUCAAUCUCUCCCUCUCCAUUCACAAGCUUUGUUCGGUCAAAACCGUGCAUGUCAGCUCUGCAACUUACGAUUAAUUCAUCAAUCUUCUGAGGGAUGAUGAUGAACCCAGAAACCAACCAGAGAACUCAAGAAUAGCCUCUUGAGAAAACAGGAGAACAAAGGUGGCAUUUUUGUGAUGCAGUGUUAGCCCAGAGCGACACUGCUAUAUAUAUAACAAAUAUAUAUAGCUUUCAUUGAAAUCACCAUUGAUAUUGCUAUGUUAGUUAAUAUCUGAGGGGGGAAAUUGCUAUAGACACACACAAACACACACACAUGGCAUUCUAUCGUUCCUUCCGAGAACAGGUAGUGUCAUCAAGAUCACCAAUAGUGGACAGAAUCAUAGAAGAACCUGUGCCGAGCAAAUCUGCUCAAAGCACUGUCACGAGCAUUUAUCAAGUCAACAUGGUGGGAUAUUGGAGAAACUUGACGAUAUUAUGGACUAAAAAUUACAUGAACCAUUCAUUACACCUAACAGUUGAUGGAUUGGGAGGUGAGAUUCAGUACAACUGCAAGAUUGACGUGAAGCCAUGGCACUUCUGGAGCAAGAAAGGCUACAAGUCAUUCAUUGUCGACGGCCAUCAAGUGGAAGUUUACUGGGACCUCCGGUCUGCCAAGUUCUCCAGCAGCCCAGAGCCGAGCAGUGACUACUAUGUCGCACUGGUGUCCGACGAAGAGAUUGUCUUGUUAUUGGGAGACUACAAGAAGAAAGUCUACAAGAGAACGAAGGCAAAAUCUCCACUAACUGAUGCAGUCUUGGUGACAAAGAAGGAAAACGUGUUCGCCAAGAAAAGUUUCUCAACGAAAGCGUGCUUCGACGAGAGUGGUAGAGACAGUGACAUAGUGGUGGAGAGUUCGAAUUCCGGGCAGAACAAAGACCCAGAAAUGUGGGUGAGCAUUGAUGGGAUAGUGAUGAUUCAUGUGAGAAACUUGCAAUGGAAGUUUCGAGGGAAUCAGACAGUUAUUGUGAAUAAACAACCCGUGCAAGUGUUGUGGGACGUUCAUGAUUGGUUGUUCAGUGAGAGUGGUCCAGGUGGGGCUGGUCUGUUCAUAUUCAAGCCAGGACCUUUAGAACCAGACAGUGAAAGAGAAGGCAGUGCAUUAUCUGGUUGUGAGAGUGAUGAUGGUAGUGGGUUUUAUUCUACCAGAAGUCAAGCUACGACCAACUUUGAUUUUUGUCUGAUUCUCUCUGCUUAUAAAAUUGAGUAGUGACGAAUUGUAUUAAUUCAUUAAGGGAGGAGACCUAUGAGCGAAGAAACACUGUUGCUGAGAUAGAUAUGAGAUACGCUUGAUACUACUUUGUUUUUGAAGUAAUAUUGGUGUUUCGUCAAUAAAAAAUGAGCCAAAAAAAAGAGGGUAAAGUUAGAGAUGCAUUAAUACGAGAAUUAUGGAGUCAAGUGUUAUUGUGAAGAAUAUGAAUUGCUCAUGUAAAGCCUGCCUGAUUGAUUGAAACCAGAUAAUUUUGUGGGAGGUUUCAUCUUUUUUCUUUCUCAUGCCGGUUCUUUCUUACUUACUCG